CUCACAUCCUGUCCACUUGUUGUACAUCGUGACAAACCAACACCGCGCUGCUCAGAAAGUGUAUGAGGUUCCAUUUGUGUCAAAAAUAAGUAGAAGUCAUAUGACACAAAUGGAACCCCAUACUAGGGUGUGUCGCCGGCGUGACGUCACGUCUGCUACCUGAGUUUCGGUGAAGAGAAGGGAUUUAAGGGCCGAGAAACGCACUCGCACGUAUCGGCUCCUCAACGUGUUUUAGGGUGAUGAACGUGGAGUGGGUCUGUGGGAGUUUGGACCUGCACACGGGACACGGAUGGCUUUCUUCCCAGCUGCCCAACAAGGAAGGCUUACUCCUGCUUCAGCACAAUCGGCCAGGAUGGCGGUCACCCCGCGACGCGUCCGCCUCAAGCCGUGGCUGGUGGCCCAGGUGGACAGCGCUCGGUACCCGGGUCUGGUUUGGGUCGACCGGGAGGCCAUGCGCUUCAGGAUCCCCUGGAAACACGCCACUAGACACACACCCCAACACGAAGACGAGGACACCAUAUUUAAGGCGUGGGCUGUGGAGACCGGGAAGUUUCAGGAGGGAGUUGAUGAACCUGAUCCCGCCAAGUGGAAAGCCCAGCUUCGGUGCGCCCUGAACAAAAGCCGGGAAUUCAAACUGGUCUAUGACGGCACCAAGGAAGUCCCCAUGAAUCCCUUAAAGGUGUACGAUGUCUGCGACAUCCCACAACCCAACAGUAACCAAACUCCUUCAGAUGCAGGAUCACAUACUCCCUACGAUGAGGAUUUUGGAGAAGAUCCCGACACACCAGAUUCUCUUCCUCCAUAUCCAUCCAAUGGCACCAGUCCUUCUCCACUCCUCAUGUGGUCUCCGAUGGGUUCCGAUUCUUCCAUGCAGCCUCCCAGCUGUCCACCUUCGAAUGAGGUCUGGCCCAAAGAGGAGCCUGGUAAAAUCUGGCCCAAAGAGGAGCCUGCAGAUGUAGAGAUGCCCCCCACAAACAUGGAUGAGCUGCCCCCCGCCCCUCUGCCCGACCCCAUCCUGCAGCCGGCUCCUCUUUCCGAAGUCUUCUUUGCCUCUCCGGAAACGUGGAUCAGCUCCCUCCCAAUGACAGACUUGGAGGUCCAGUUCCUGUACAGAGGGAAGGAGGUGUCUCCCACCGUGACUGUGAGCAACCCGCUGGGCUGCAGGCUGUUCUACGGGGACCUGGGGCCCAUGGUCAACCAGGAGGAGCUGUUUGGACCCGUGAACCUGGCACAGCUGCGCUUCCCGACCACGGAGCACAUCACCAACGACAAGCAGAGGAUCUUCACCAAUCGGCUGCUGGAUGUGAUGGACCGAGGUCUGAUCCUGGAGAUCAGGGGCCACGAUAUCUACGCAAUCCGCCUCUGCCAGUGCAGGGUGUACUGGUCGGGCCCCUGCGCUCCAAACCCAGCGGCGCCAAAUCUGAUAGAGCGGCAGAAGAAGGUCAAGCUCUUUUGCCUGGAGUCGUUUCUCAGCAGUGUUGUAGCGCAGCAGCGUGGCCAGGCGACCAGCCCUCCUCAGUUUGAAAUCAGCCUCUGCUUUGGAGAGGAAUGGCCCGAUGGAAGACCCAAAGAGCGAAAACUCAUCAUGGUCCAGGUCAUUCCUGUGGUGGCUCGGAUGAUAAGCGAGAUGUUUUCUGGAGACAACAACCUUUCUUUUGACAGCAGCAGCGUGCGCCUGCAGAUUUCAAUCCCAGAUAUAAAGGACAAUAUAGUGAGCCACCUGAAGGAGCUGUACACCCUGCUGCAGAACCACCAGGGCCAGGAGGGGGGCUGGGCUCUGCCCCCCAACCCAGGCCUGAACAUUGCCCAGGCUCUGCAGACUCAGUGAAGCUGUGAACCAACUAUUUUAUACAAAUAUUAUUCACCAUCAGCUUUUUCUUGUGAAACUGCGCCACGCAGUAGUGCAUUAGUCUGUGCAGAUGCUGCAGAUGGCUGGUGGUUCUGCAGGCCAAAGUCCGCCUCGCUGCAGAGGAAUAUUUAUCAUAGUUAAUCAGUUACAGAUAUUGUUCUGAGUUAUCUCCAUCUACAUCCAAUAUGUGAUCGUCUGACACUACGAGAGGAUUAUGAAACUGAUCCUAUUCACUUUUCUGUAAUUCAGUUUUAUACUUUUUUUGUUUUCCAUAUAAAAAUGCAUCCAGCAAGAGAUUUUUGUUUUCAGAAAAUGUAGAUGAAUGUGAAUAAGCGUAGGGAUGGAUAUGGAUUCUUCUACAGUGCACAUAAGAAUAUUUGGUCUACAUGUGGUUCCCUUUUUAUCCUCCUUUGAAUUAAGUUAAAACACUUUCUUGGGAACAUUUGAGUUUGACCAGCUGCUGAUCUUCUGGCUUCUCUUUUUCCAUAUGAAAUGUUUUUGUUUUUUUUACACAUAUUUUAGCUACAGAUUGUAUCAAGCCACAUUCUAACCAGACAACAUUGAUAUGUAUUGUCCUUAUUCUUUGCACUUUGGGGUGCUGAAAUGUUUUAUGAUCUGUCGAAUGUAUUUACCCUGUGAUUGCUUUUAUCAAUAAAAGUACCAUUAAACACA